UUCCACCAUGGCGGAUACGAAGGAGGAUUCGAUGUACGAAAGUGCUCGUUUAAAUCUCCUUGAAGUAAUUGAAGAGAGGAACAGAGCACUGAAUAGGAAAGCUCUCCUUCAUCGUCUAGUCUAUAUUGCAAAGCUGAGUGGCAAGCUUGAUGACAAGAGAGAUCUUGGUGCCCACUAUGAGAGGAAGUUCAAGCAAUGGCAGAGCCAUUUCCAGGGGGAGGGAGCCACAGGAAUGCUCCUUGUGUACCCCAACCAUUACGUCCACCUUGUAGAGUCAUCCAAUGAAAUGUUGAUGGCGCUUAUACGUAAUUUGGGUACCAUGGAGCUGGAGAAGAACGACAGUCUGAUCUCCCAGAGUAAAGUCCUUGUCAUCUCCAGUAACGUCCCAACCCGCCUCUUUAGCCAGUGGAGCUUUAGGGUACUCAAUCUGCCAGCCUCUCGCCUGGAGGAGUAUGAAACCAGCGAGUCAAUUGAGAAUCUGGCCCCAGAGUGCUUGUCUUUGAUGCUUAAACUCGGCGCUUACCUUGCGAAACAACCAAAGGUAACACUCAAGAAUGUGAUGGACUCCCUUCACGAGAAGGUACCAGAUCUACUCAUACCUCAAGAUUUGAUUGGAUAUCUUCUUCAUUCUCAAGAUCUCUGUUCCCCGAAGGAAUUCCUGGACAAAUUUGACAAACCGCUGGAUAUUGUUCUUGAUAGUGAAUUGGUCUGGCCAAUGCCAACAAGAAACUUUCCUCUUCAUUGAUAAUGGAUUCCAAAGCUGAGUCAAGUGAUGAUACGUCCACCAAAUUGUUUCAGUUAUGUAAACUGUUGUACAUUUUUGUCCAUAUAUUUUAAGAAUUAUUAUGAGGAACAAUAACGUUUUUAUUUUAUUGGCAAUCUUGGGAGUAGCUGUGGCUGAAAGAGUAGGUGUACCAAAAUUUUCUUUGAGUAAAAUUAGAAGAUUGGUAUGAUUGAUUGUGCCCCCUCCCCUUAAGAAAUCUUUGAUCCGCCCCUGAUAAUGUAGUAGUUAGACGUCUGCUUCAGAACGACAGAGGUCUUGGGUUUGAAUCCCACCUGAGUAAUGCUGGAUUGUGGAUUUUUUUCUCAGGAUGAUCACUCUUAAUGGCAAUACAACAAAUUUGGUUAGAAGCCUAAAGCUUCCCUUUAAAAUAAAGCAUUUUGAGAAACAUUACGCAGUAAUGUGCGUUCGCCCUAAACUUGAAUCUGAGAAGUGUUCGUCUCAUUAUUGUGUAUUCCAAUUAUAGAUUAUUCUUUUUGUUGAAUGGACACAUUCACUCUGGAUUUUCGGGGAUGUCUAAAAAAUAGGACCAAAAACCAGGGUAUUCUUUCCCUUUAACAAUUAUUAUUGGUGUAUGGGAAAACACACAAAAACGUAUCUAAAUACUAUUUUAAUGAACUAGUGAGAAUUAAAUUUGAUGUACAUAAAUGUUAAUUGAGUUUUACGAAUAA